AUGUCCCAAUCAAAUUCGACAGGUCGAGCUCGGGCACUUGAUGCACUCCUCCAAGACUAUGCUUAUCAGGCAUUUCUUCGCCCUAGGACCGGUGUUGUUUAUGAUGGAUUUGUACCCUCUAAUUUGACAGGGAUUAUGGUUUCAGCGAUGAGGCUAAGGAGUGGUAGCUUAAGGACACAUGGAGUUAGCAUGUACAAAGAGUUUGAGAUUCCUAAUGGCGUGGUCGAGCAUCCUUAUGUUGAGAGGCUUGUUUUGGUGUACCAGAACUUGGGCAAUUGGUCUAUAGUGUACUAUCCUCUGCCUGGUUACAUGUAUUUAGCUCCUGUAUUGGGUCUUCUAGCUUAUGAUGCUUCAGACCUUAUGGCUAAAAACUUGCGUGAGCUUGACAUUCAUGCGUAUGGUCAGCCCAUAUCGAUAAAUUUUUCGGAUAUAAAAUCAUUGCCAGAAGGGCCAGCUCCGAAGUGUGUUUCAUUUUAUGUAAAUGGUACGAUUAGUUUCAGUAAUGUAUCUCCUAACAAGACAUGUACAACAUUCCAACAGGGGCAUUUCUCUAUUGUAGUCGAGUCAACUGCUCCUGCACCUGCUCCUGUGUCUCCUACACCUGUGUCUCCAGCACCACCAGGACCUGGAGGUGGUCCAAAGCAAGGUCCUAUACCAAGUGGCCACGGCAAGAAGAACAAUUCGAAGGUCUGGAUUACCAUUGGGUCAGUGCUAGGAGGAUCGGCAUUGUUGAUUAUGUUAGGGCUUCUAGUACUCUGGGCAUGCAAGUACAAGAAGACAAAGAAAAUGCAGCAUAUGGAGAGGGCUGCUGAUGUUGGGGAGUCGUUGGAAAUGACUAGGGUUGGAAGCACAAAAGCACCAGCAGCUACUGGGACGAGGACUCAACCAGCCCUCGAGACUGAGUAUGUGCCUUAA